AUGAUUUUAAAUUUAAGUAAGAUUUUUGUAAAAGAAUUUUGUGAGAACUCUCAAUUAAAUUAAGUUGAGGUGAAUUACUUACUUUAAUAUUCAUGUAUUUACAAAAAGGGGACAGCAUUAUUUCAGGCUAUUAAAUACUUAGAGACCUUUUUGAUUAAUUUUUAAAUCCUCAUCAUUUUACUUGUUAACGGCAAAGAGGACACGAUUUUUUCACUGCCACCCAAUCCCUUAAACAAUUAUUGUGAAAGAAAUGCUAGCAAGAUUUUAGCUUUAUUAUUUUACUCUAUUUAUGAAUAAAUUCUUAGAGACAUAUAGCACAAGUGA